AUGGCAGAUCGCCUCACACAAUUGCAAGAUACAAUUAACCAGCAAGCUGAACAUUUCUGCAAUAGUAUAGGUAUACUACAACAAUUUUCAACGCCUAGUAAGUUUCCCGGUUUUGACCGAAGUGGAUCUCAAACUCCGCAACAACAGCAGAACCAAGAGGACUAUGCAGUGCUUUUUGCUACGUUGAUUUCUCGCUGUGCAAAAGACAUUGACACUCUUAUAGAGUCACUCCCAAGUGAAGAGAGCUCAACCGAACUACAGGUACAAAGUUUGAGACGUUUGGAAGCAGAAAAUAAAGAAGCAGCAGAACAGUUAGAAGAGGUUGUCCGGCAAGGAGAAAUAUUACUGGAGAAAAUUCAGGGAGCACUUAGUGAUAUUGCACAAUGCCAGUUAGACAUGCAGAACCCGGCAUUAAUACUAAACAAAGAUGUGAAACCUCAGUUAUAG